AUGAACGAAGAAGAUAGAAGGAUGAAAGAGCUGGAGAGGGAGGCGAGUCCAGAUCGCUUUGGAGGGCAACAAAGCUCAUCAGAGGCUAUGUCGCGCACGGUCACAGCGUCGACGAUGUCCUCGUCAGCGUCUUCCUCGUCUGGCGAAUCGAUUGAAAGAGAGGAGAUUGGUGUAUCAAGAGUCACAACACAACCAGAUCUGGAACGACAUCCCACGGCAUUGUCUCGCAUUCAAACAGGACGAAGCAUUCAUUCCGCCACGAUCGGGGCGAGUAUACGGAGCAGGACCACGACAAGGCAUAGCAAGACGCCGUUGCCACCCUUUGGUGCUGGAAAGGACUAUCCUCCUCUACUCCCCGAUCGCGAAGAGUACGUGGUGGAAUUUGACGGACCCGACGAUCCAUUGCAUGCUCAGAACUGGCCACUUUCGAAGAAGCUGCCGGUCUGCAUUACUCUGGGCUAUGUCACGUUGGUUGCGUCUUUUGGAUCUUCGAUCUUCUCGGCAGCUUUGGGCCGGGUAGCUGCAGAGUUCAAUUUAUCGACAGAGGUAUCCGUCUUGGGUGUCAGUUUGUAUGUUCUCGGAUUCGCUACAGGUCCAUUGAUGUGGGCGCCCGCUUCUGAGUUGUAUGGCCGCAAGAAACCCCUUCUCAUCUCAUCCUUUGGAUUCUCGAUUUUCAACAUUGCCGUGGCUGUUGCAAAGGACUCUCAGACUAUUUUCAUUUGCCGAUUCUUUGCAGGUCUCUUUGGCGCCUGUCCGUUGACUUGCGUCGGUGCAGUGUUUGCAGACAUGUUCUCGAAUCGGCAGCGAGGUCUUGCCAUUACUGUGUUCUCAAUGACAGUUUUCUCGGGUCCUCUCCUCGCGCCGUUCAUCGGCGGCUUCAUCACAAUGUCGUACCUGGGGUGGCGUUGGACUGAGUACAUCACUGCUAUCAUGGGCUUCCUCGGUCUCGGACUGAGCCUCAUCUUCCUCGAGGAGACAUAUCCGCCUGUUAUACUUUGUAAUAAGGCGGCCGACUUGCGCCGCCGCACACGUAAUUGGGGAAUACACGGAAAGCAAGAGGAGAUCGAAAUCGACCUCCGCGAGCUUUUGGAGAAGAACUUGAGCAGACCUCUGCGCAUGCUCAUCACAGAGCCCAUCGUGCUCUUGAUCAGCAUCUAUAUGGCGUUCAUCUAUGGGCUUCUUUAUUUGUUCUUGACUUUCUACCCGAUCGUCUUUCAACAAAUCCAUGGCUUCAACGCUGGCGUCGGGGGCUUGCCAUUCCUCGGGAUGAUCGUUGGAGAGAUCCUUGCUGGUGUCCUCAUGAUCGUACUGCAACCCUCAUACAAUCGCAAACUCGUUGCGAACAACAACGUUCCUAUUCCCGAAUGGCGUCUGCCUCCGGCCAUCGCUGGUGGAGUCUCUUUCGCCAUUGGAUUGUUCUGGUUCGGUUGGACAGGAUUUCGAGCAGACAUUCACUGGAUCGUCCCAACCCUGAGCGGUCUCUGUACUGGGUUCGGACUGAUGGCCAUUUUCCUUCAGUGCUUGAACUACCUCAUCGACAGCUACUUGAUGUUCGCAGCCAGUGCGAUAGGAGCCAAUGCUUUUCUGAGAUCAUUGGCAGGUGCCGGUUUUCCCUUAUUUGCUAGACAAAUGAUCACUGGUAUGGGAGUGCAGUGGGCUGGUACUUUGCUUGGGUGCAUUGCUGUCAUCCUUGUACCGAUGCCGGUAUACUUCUGGCUGCGAGGAGCGAAGAUUCGCGAGCGAAGCAGCUUCGCACCGACGUUGCCUGCAGCUACCGGUGCGAUGAGCGAUAAGCUUGACUCUGAUCUUGAGAAGUCGGAGUCGGAAAGAGGAUUGUAA